AUGCCGAUCCCUCUCCCUGUCUGUCUCUGUAUCGUCCCACCAGUGAUCAGCUGCGUUGACCCAGGUGUUCCUGCUGAUGGUCUGAGGUUUGGAGAGGACUUCACUGUGGGCCACAACGUCACCUUCACGUGCCAGCCUGGCUACCUGAUAGAGGCAGGCGGGGCCACAACUGCACCUGUACCCACAAUGGCACCUGGAGCGCCACCACGCCCAUCUGCAAAGGGCUCCGUGUUUGAGUGGGGUACCAGCGUGAGCUACAGCUGCCUGCCUGGGUACGAGCUCUCCUUCCCAGCUAUCCUCACCUGUGUGGGCCUGGGCUCCUGGAGAGGAGAUCUGCCUCAGUGUCUGCCCAAGUUCUGUGGAGACCCUGGUACCCCAGCCAAGGGGAAAAGAGAAGGACGAAGUUUAAUCUACAAGUCAGAGGUUACCUUCAGCUGUAGCGCCCCCUAUGUCCUGGUGGGGUCGACUACACGCAUCUGUCAGGACGACAGCACCUGGAGCGGCUCUCAGCCACGAUGCAUAGAACCAUCCAGGACGACGUGUGAGAACCCAGGAACACCUGAAUACGGCUCCAUGAACAUCAGCCUGGGGUUCAAGGUGGGCAGUAAGGUGGAGUUCCAGUGCCAGCAGGGCCACCUACUCAGGGUUCCACCACCCGACUCUGCCGGUCUGACCUCACCUGGAGCGGAUCUCAGCCAACAUGCAUCCCCCAUUCGUGUAAGCAGCCCAAGUCCCCUCCCAAUGCAGACGUGGUUGGGAUGGAGCUGGCUCCGUAUGGCUACACCCUGCUCUACUCCUGCCAGCCUGGCUUCAUCCUGUCUGGGGGGUCAGAACACAGGGUCUGCAGGUCUGAUGGAAGCUGGACCGGUAAGGUCCCCAUCUGCAGAGUGGGCUCCAAACAGACGGAGAAACCUACCGCAACCUUACAGGGAACGCCAAGCCCCAACAUACACGUCCCCGAUGACGUCUUCGCCCCUCAUUUCAUCUGGAGAGGCUCCUAUGAUUAUAAGAGUCAGAAACAUCCGAUGUCUUUGACCGUCACUGUUUU